CCCUGAGGCCGGGGGCCGCGCGGGGGGCCGGGCCGCGGGGCUCACGCGGGGCCGCCCCGUGUUUCCCUCCGCAGGCGGCAGCGCGGGCGGCGCGGACCCGGCCUGAGCGCGGCGGCAGCAGCAGGCAUGUGUCCGGGCCGGCUCCCCCCGCGCCACCACGGCCGCCGCCGCCCGGGGAAGGGCUCGGAGGCCGGGGGCAGCCGCCCGGCGCGGCCGCUGUGAGGGAGCGGCUCGGCGCCCGGAGGACCUAGCGGCCUACGGCUCCCGUUGCCAGCGGCUACGCGUGUGUGGGGCCGGCGGGCGCUGCGAUGUAGGGGCCUGGCAGCGCCCCCGUGCUUGUGCUCUGAGCCCAGCCCGGCCUUGUUCUUCCCCCCGGACACCUGCCCGCCGCGCGGCUCGUCCGGGUCCAGUCGGCUGCCGUAUCCUUAACCAUCUCCCUGUGUGUCCCUCCCGCCGAAGGCCUCAUGCCCAGGACUUCUCAGAGCUAAUGGAAGCCAUGCUGUGAGAGCUGCCCAGACUUGCUCGUAGCCAUGACGGAGCCCCACCGGGUUCAGUUCACUUCUCUCCCAGGUCCGCUGAGCACCAGCUUCUUGAAGAAGCCUCGCAGGGAGGAUGUGUCGGGAGCGGAGCUGCCCCAGGACUCUGACCCGGCCGCAGCGGCAGUUCGCAUCACGCUCACCCUUUUUGAGCCGGAUCACAAGCGUUGCCCGGAGUUUUUCUACCCUGAGCUUCUGAAGAACACUCGAGGGAAACUGAAGGGUGUUUCUUCUGGAGACAAGAGGAAAGACCAUGUUGAUCCCUUCAAUGAUGAGGAAAGAGAGAGACACAAAGUGGAGGCUCUUGCCCGGAAGUUUGAAGAGAAAUAUGGGGGCAAGAAACGCAGGAAGGACCGUAUUCAGGACUUGAUCGAUAUGGGGUAUGGGUAUGACGAAUCCGAUUCCUUCAUUGAUAAUUCUGAAGCGUACGAUGAACUUGUUCCAGCUUCUCUGACUACAAAGUAUGGAGGGUUUUACAUCAACUCAGGAACGCUGCAGUUCCGCCAAGCAUCGGAAUCGGAGGAUGACUUUAUCAAAGAGAAGAAGAAGAAAUCUCCUAAGAAGCGGAAGUUGAAAGAAGGCGGUGAAAAAAUGAAGAAGAAGAAAAAAGAUGAUUCUUAUGACAAGGAAAAAAAGUCAAAAAAAUCCAAGUUCCCCAAAGCCGGCUUCACAGCACUGAAUGCCAGUAAAGAGAAGAAGAAAAAGAAAUACUCUGGAGCUUUGAGCGUCAAGGAGAUGCUGAAGAAAUUCCAGAAGGAAAAGGAAGCUCAGAAAAAGAGGGAUGAGGAGCAGAAGAUGGUGACACUCACCCCAGCAGAAGCUCCGGCCCCACGAGAAGUGGAGACCAUAUCUGAUCCUUUGCUAUCUCUCUUUGGCCAUGCCAGUGAUAAUGACUUGCUUCAGGCUGUCACUGCUGUGGACUCAUUGAAUGAUCUGGACCUGGACCUGGAGCGGCUCUUCAAUGAAUCUCCAGAAGGGAGUCCCUUCCAUGAUGUGGAGGAUGGAAGUGACCCUCUUGGGAUGGGUUUGGAACAGGAAUUUAAACAGCCACCCUCCCUCCCAGAAGGACUACCAGCUCCACUGGAGAGACGGAUAAAGGAAUUGACCCAGGCUGCAAGAGCUGCAGAAGGAGAAGGCAAACAGCGGUUCUUCACCCAGGAUGUCAAUAACAUCAUACUGGACAUAGAGCUACAGACCCGGGAGCUGAACAGCCAGAUCCGAUCUGGGGUCUAUGCCCACCUGGCCGCCUUCCUGCCUUGCAGCAAGGACACUCUGGUCAAGCGUGCCCGCAAACUUUAUCUCUAUGAGCAGGGUGGACGCUUGAAAGAGCCUCUUCAGAAGCUGAAGGAAGCCAUUGGCAGGGCAAUGCCAGAGCAGAUGUCUAAAUACCAGGAUGAAUGCCAAGCCCAUACGCAAGCCAAGUUUGCUAAGAUGUUGGAAGAGGAAAAGGACAAGGAGCAGAGAGACCGGAUUUGCUCUGAUGAGGAAGACGAUGAAGAGAAGGGAGGAAAGCGCAUCAUGGGACCACGAAAGAAAUUUCAGUGGAAUGAUGAAAUCAGGGAGCUGCUUUGCCAUGCGGUGAAGAUGAAAGUGGAUGGCUAUGAGCUUGAGAAAAACAAGGUUCAGUCUUUGGAAGAUUAUUUGAAAACCUUCCUAGAUGCGGAAGUGAAAGCCCUCUGGCCAAAGGGCUGGAUGCAGGCCAGGACACUGUUCAAGGAGAGCAGGCGUGUGCAUGGGCACCUAACAUCCAUCCUGGCAAAGAAAAAAGUGAUGGCUCCUCCGAAGGUGAAAGUGAAGGACUCCUCCAGUAAGCCAGAUAAAAAGAUUCCUAUAUCUGUUCCAUUGAUCCACUCAAGUGGCACAGUUUCUCUGUCUUCAGAGCCCCAGGGAGCAGGCAUGGGCAUCAGCACCCAGACUCGAGAGCUCUUGGUUCUCAGUGCUUCCCAGGCAUCUAGCAGCGCAGCCACCCCUGCUGCCUUCAGUAUGGAUGACUCUCUGGAUGAGGACUUAAUUCAUAACCCAACUUCCUCGCUGGAAGCUGUCUCAAAAGAACUGGCUGUGCUAAAUAGCAGGGCAGCUGGAAGCCCCGAUUUCACACUUCCUGGGACCCCAAAAACUCCUUCAGAGAAGAUGACAAAUCUCACCAGUUCAGAGGAGAAAAGGAACUUUGCUAAGUCCAGUCCUUCUCCUUCCCCGUCUCCCAGUGGCUCUCUCCAGUCACCCCUCAAUUUCCUGGCUGAACAGGCACUGGCAUUGGGACAGUCCACUCAAGACAAAAAGACAGAGAGUUCCAGUUACAAAGAACUGUCCUGCCAAACCUCCCCCAAUAAAAUCCCUGAUGCACAUCAGGCCAAACAGAAGCACCACAGCCUGCAGCGACCAAGUCAUGGGCCCCAGACAUCAACACCUGUGCCGGCCACCCAGGUAAAGGUCUUUCACUCGAGCAGCCAGCAACAAAAAAACUUCACAUCCUCAGCUCCAUUUGUCAAGCUGCAGAGCCCCAAGUCCACCUCCCCCCUUCCCCAGCGCUCUCUCCUCCAGCAGGUUAAGACAUCAACUAAAGCUCAGAGCUUCCAUUCCUCAGCUUCAGCAGCAGCAGGCAGCACCCCAGCUUCAACCAGCUCUCACAAGACCCCAGGCUCCUCUCCGGCAUCCCUGAGCUAUGCAGGGAAGCACUCAGUCAGCUCCAGUUCUUCAGGCCAAUCCUACAAAGCUCCUUUCAUUUCUGGCUCCCUUUCCAAGCAUGGGGCUUCUUCCAGCAGUUCCACAUCUGGUGUGCCUGCAAACCAGAGCUCCUCCUCAGGGAGCUUGCUGUCUGGUGUGCAGACACCCUCCCCAGGGCAAACCUCCAGCCGCUCCUCCCCAAGCUCCACCGUAAAGAAAACUCCAGUCUCCCAGAAGCUGACUUUAGUAGCACCACCUGGUGGUCCAAAUGGAGACACAAGUGGAGGGACUCAAGGAGUGGCUAAGUUAUUGACCUCCUCCCUCAAGCCAGCUGUGGUGAGCAGCACUGCAUCUUCUACCUCUGUGCCGAAAGGAACUAGUGGGGCUGUGCUGCUAACCAGUUCUUCUUCCUUAAGUGUACUGUCUCCAUCCUACAAGUCCAGCAAUUCAAAGCUGCCAGGUGCCCUGAGCUCCACACCACUGGGGAUUAUAUCUCCUAUCCAUUCCUUCCCUCUUCACGUCAUCUCCUUCAGCUCGGACUCCUCCCCUAAAGCAGGAGUAUCGAAGGAUGCAAUAGUAACUGGCCCUGCCCCAGGAACGUUUCACCACGGUCUUGGCCACAGUCUUCUGGCUGGCUUGCACUCCAGCCCGCACCAUGCAGCACCACUCCCACACUCUGCCCUGUCCACCCAUUUACCGCAAAGUUUGCCAGAUGCAUCUCAGCUUCAUGGCAAAGGGUCCAAUGCACCACAGCGGAAGUUGUGACACUUGGAAGGGAACGAGCUUGCACCAGCACAGGACAAACCCAGGAGGAGCAGGCCAGGAACACUGGGUGCUGACUCCAUCACUUUCUCUGUUCCUCAUGGCAAUGGGAGGACCUGAACUGAGGAAAGAAAGAGCUUGUCAGCACUUGCCUCCAGGGGAUUUGCAAGGUGGACCCUAGCAUAGGUUGUCUUGAGAGAAAUGCCUGUGGCACCAUUCCACUGCUGCUGCCCCUCACACCACGCUGGCACUGACAGGCACCAGAACUUGCAGAGGAACAAGGAUGGCGCAUCUUUCAACAAGCUGAGCACCAUCGGCACACCAGUGCAGAGUACCUCCAAGUUCAAUUACCUCCUUGAUAUCCCAGUGGAGUAUGUGAAAGGUGCUUCUUCUUGCUUUGAAUUUACUUAGAUAACUGUAGCACUGCCCGUGCUUUCUGAAGACAUUGACUCCAAUUUUUCAGUUCUACUAUGAAGCUAUGCUAAAGCUAAUAGGAGAACCUAGCACUUCCUCUACGGUAAAUAUAACAAAUUGCCUGAUGUUCCCCUCUGGAAGAGAAUGAGGACUCUUUAGAGACUUUUUGGAUGCACUCAUGAGCAUUGAAAUGAUUCUACAUCUUUUAUUUUUGUUUCCUUCAAAGGGAUGCUUUUCUUUUGGCUCAGUUUUAUCCUCAUUACCAUCGAAUGCAUUGGAUUGGAUGGGACACUUCUCAGCAUGUCAUGUGUAUAGGAAGACAUAAUUCCAGUGCCUUUUAUGGUGGAGCAAGAAUGGACUAACUACACACAUUUCAGCCCUUUUUUGCGCGCUCCUCAACCCUUUUUUAAUCAUUCUGUAUUUAAGAUGUAUUCCGUUUUAUUUAAUAGAGCUUUUUAUGGUUGCACAUCAAAAGCUGCACUGUCCAGACUUAAAUGGUGACUUGGUUACUGCAAGUCCAGUACCAAAUCCAGCAAGAGCACCAGUUCUUACCUGAUCUGAGUUUGUGCAAGUGGGUUCCAGACCCUCCCCUAAAGCCAUUCUUUACUAGGGUCUUCAGUAAUGAUCUUUUUGGUGGGCAGAAGGAGUGAUCUAAAUGAACUAAGGAUGCUGAUAAUCAAAUGAAUUCUGGUGGAUAUUGCUCUCCUUGAUGACUUCUGCACUAAAAUCAUUUGACUUGUCAGAGCUGCAGAAAUGAGGAACUGGCUAGCAUGGGAGUGUGGUGUUCUAGCUUUAGACCUGUAUGCUAACCUCGCUCUCUUUGCGCAUCCCCUUUGGAUGUAGCAUAGACUGAGGGCAGUCUGUGUUUCUCAGAUGGUAAGCCCCAUUGAAUUGUAGUUGCAGUGUUGUGAUCUCCCUUUUUACAGGCCACCUCCAUAUGGUCUGGUUAUCUGAGCUUCAGAAAGAGUAGCACUUAUAUGUUAAAAAAACCCAUGGUAUUAAAACUAAAAGCUUGCAGACUUCCUCCGGUGCUUUGGAAGGGAGGCUGACUGAGAGUAUAUAACCAGCAAACAUUCAACCAAGUUUUCUCUUUUUUAAUAAGACCCAAGAUGCAUCUCUUUAAUUCAGACUGAUAAAUGACUUCUCCAGAUCACUUCAUUGUUUAUAUUUUUAAAAGAAAAUGCAGCUCAAAUUUCAAAUUUGUUUACAAAAAAUAAAAAAAAUCUAGGUUGUAGCAAAAGAGCCAAAGACAGAAUUUGUGUUAAGAUAAAGCACAGCAGUUUUUGAUGGACUCCGAACAAUGGAUGUCGCAUGGUUCCCAUUCAGGACCUCCUCUUGAGUGGCAGCUGAAAGUGUGUUCAAUGCCUGGCAAGCCUCAGGCCCUUAAUGAGCUACCCGAGGUACUGGUUCCACUCCCCCUCUUUGCUUUCACUUGAAUGCUUCUGCUGGGAGGCACCUUCCUGUGUCCCUGCUGGAGCUGAAUGCCCUCAUUUUAGGAAUUUAGUGAAGCCUCUUGCCUCAGGGAAAUGUUUAUUCGGUGGAAAUUCUGUGGGAUAUUUUUCUUUUUUUCUUUACACGCUAUAAUGAACGAGUGAAUGAAUUUAAACAGCCAUGGCAAGGCAGGACUGUGGAGAGAGAUCACACCUGAUGGGGAGCAGAGUGACUGGGAUAUCUGCCUUGGCUAGGCACGUUUAACUGUUUUCUUUCUCGCAGAGUGGUGAGCCUCCUCCUGAUGGCACUUACUGAGUAUGGCAGUUUCUUUUGGGUGUAAGAGCUGCAAUUUAUUUUUAUUAUUUUUUUGUGUGUGUUGGGGCUGUCUAGAUGACAAUGAUGGGGGUGGUGUGAAAACUGUUAAUCUUGUACAGAGCAACUGAAUAAAUCGUUUCAAAGUUUCCAAAA